UCGCACGAGUCUUUACACGAUCCACCCGCCUUACCCGUCCCACCGUCAUGCGUCGUGGCGGUCACGGUACUCCUCAAUGGAAUGAGCCCGGAGGUUACUUCUUCAGCGAAAAGAAACGUGUUAAGGAGGAAUGGGAAGAUAUCUACUAUUGGGGUAUGGGUGGUGGUAUGGCAUUGAUGGCCGUUGCUUUGGCAUACAAGCCCGACACUAGUGUUGUUACUUGGGCUAAGAAGGAGGCUGAGAAGUCUCUCCAGGAGAAGGGUAUCACUUUUGAACAUCCUACUUCUGUUUAAGUAAUUGGCACCUAGAAAUGAACCUAAUUCACCUUUAC